AUGUUUCGUGAUACAAGAUAUUUGUCGAAUAAAAUACGUAGUCUAAUCAAGGAAAAGAAUAUUGAAAUCUAUACCGAACAAAAUCGAAAAAUCUAUGAAAGUACAAAUUUGGUUUCAAACAGUCAUUCAGCUGUUAGUAAUGAUACUCAAUCUUCAUCACAAGCUAGCUCUAAUUUAUCAUCUACUCCACUUGAAGAUGUUUAUCCAUUAAACAAUAAUAAUUUAGACAUUAAUACUACUUUUACAUCUACAAAGUAA